GAAAAAAGCAUUUUUGUAUUCAUUUUUGAUCAUUAAAUUCACUUAAAAUCUGACUCGGUUAUUUCAUUAAAAAAUUAAUCUUUUAAUUACACAUCAAAAUAAACUGUGAAUUCCUCUGCUCAGUUUAGCUCAGAAAAAGGUGCGACUCAAACUCAAAGGAAUUUGGAACUUCCAAAAAUCGAAACACGGAUUUAGCGGAGACCUUUAAAGUUGAACACGCAGCUGCAAGGCAUCCAACUGAACAGAAGCUCUGCGCCACCGACACUGAACACCGGCCAACUGUUCGGGUCCAUCGUUGUCCACGGUCAAUAUUAGCGCCAUUGCAACUGCUGGGUGUGGGCGAAUCUGCGCCCCGCCACCGGUAAGGCAGUGCCACAUUGUCAUAUCAUUCGAUGCUAGCCAUCGGUCCCACCGCCAUUCACUGCCAUUCACCAUCAACUAUUCAUUUAGAUAUACACACGCACAUAUAGGUUAUGCCAUGCCUUGCUUCAUAUAUGUAUGCCCGUUUUUUCCGUUCUGGUUUUUAGUUUUUCAAUUUUUCCGCUUAUCAGUUUAGUUCAGUUGCCUUUAAAGCUUGGCUUAGCCAUCAAUUUUGAACAGCUUGUAGCUGGCCUGGGCACUACCUAUGGGCGCACACGUCGCAAGCAUUAACCCAAAUGGCCCACAAGCCCGGGGCAGCUUGUUUGUUGUGCGUGUGCUGCGAGUGUUGGCUCAUAAUGUCAGCUUGAAAAGUUUCAAGUGUUUUGAGCCCAAGGGGCGCAGCCCAUUCAAAUAUAUAACACAAGAGGUCCAACCAAACGAGAAGGCCGUGCAGCGUUUUGACUACAAGUGUUUGACAUACUUGACGGGCAACAAGGCGCCACCCUGCACGGGCCACUGAAAUUCAUUGAUUUUUAUUCAUCAGCGAAGUCCACAAAAGGCGCACAAAGCCCAUGGCUCCAUGAAUGUGGCUGCUUAGCACUUGGUAACCUGUGUCCUCAGUUGUCCUUGGCAACAGCUUGGCCAGUUGCAGUUGGGCUGGCACCUGUUGCCAGUCUGCUCAUAAUCGCUGAUAUCCUUUUCGAUGUAGUUAGUUUUUAUGUUCAUUAUGCACACGAGUGUUUUUUCUUUUAUUCAAAUUCAGCUGUUGCUCUGUUCAGUGAUUAUUUUGUUUCGUUUACCCCGACUUUUACUCCGUCCGUUCGACCAUUCCAAGCUCAAUAAAAAUCACUUAGUUUUCAAUACACAAAUUUUCAUUGCCAUUCCAUGCUCUAUUAACACACGACCAGUUGGCAGUUUGUAAGUGACCAAAACGAAUCGACGCAACGAAAAUAAUUAAAUAAAUUUACUAAUCGUUCUCUCAACAAGAUGACAUAUGAAAUUUGAAAUUGGGGUUCCUUUCUAAGAGUAGCAUCAGCAAUACGAUUAUUGCCAGCUCUUGUAUAUAGAAUUUUUUUACGAUUUUUACCAUCUUUCACUGUGUGAAUUUUCAUUCGAAGUGACCAUCAAGUAUACGUCUAGUAUGACGGUAAUUAAGACUCAGGUCAAUUAGGCACGACUACUUUAUCCGGGCUAAAAUCGGCCAUAUGGCGCCAACCUUAAUUACAGAUUACUGAUUACAGAUCAGAGCAGUAUUUUAUAGCAUUUUAUGUUUACGUAACGCUUUGAACGUUUUGCCUUGAAUAAACAAAUAUACACAUACAUACUUACUGCAUAAGUGUAUGCCCCGAUAUACGAUAAAUGUCUAUGCACUACAACAACAACUCGUUUAUUGAAUGCCUUAAAUUCGAAGCACUUAACUAAUAAGUUGGUCUUAACUUAACAUUGUAUUCUCUAUUUCGUUCGCGUGCCGCACAGGAACCGAAAAGCAGCACCCUGAAUUUCUCAUCGUUUAAAUCAAGCUUCACUUCCAAUGUUAAUUUCCUGAAGAGAAGGUAAAGACCUUAAAAGGAAACGCCCCUUCCUUAGCGGGGAGGGGGCUUCAGUUCAGGACGAGACUAAUUUGAGAUUUCAUAUGUUUGUCUAUUUUCUCUCCCUCCCGCAAAUGGUGCACUUUCUCUCUCUCUCUCUCUCUCUCUCUCUCUCUCUCUCCUUCUAUUUCUUUUGCUCUCUCACCUAACUGCGCUGCACCUUUCACUUGUCUACUUGUUCCACGGUUCGCAUUUGAAACGACUUAACAAAAACCACAACAAACCCGCGCAACAACCACACCACACACCCAACACAAACAUCUAAUCCACAUUCACGCAACACGUGCAGAUUCAGCUCGGGAGACUUGUCUUCCGAGGUCGAUGAUGUUGAUCCCAAUAGCUUGCCGCCAGCUGCGCGUCCUAUACAGGACCAGCCAACCAAGCCGCAUGUUGCCGGCGGUCCGCCGAGCAUGCCGCCACCGCCGGCACCGGGCCAACUUCCGCCGCAGCCUGCCGGCGCAGCUCCGGAGCUAUCGCUAAGCUUCGGCGCUGGCAAGGCACCGGCUUCGGCGGCUCCAGCGCCCCCGCGAGGCGUAAGUGCGCCCACCAGCCCGGCCAAGUCGCGAGAGAGUCUCUUGCAGCGUGUGCAGAGUUUAACAGGCGCAGCACGUGAUCAGGGCGCUUCCAUAUUGGGAGCUGCGGUUCAGAGUGCCACUCAGCGUGCGCCCACCUUUAACAAGGACAGAUACUUCACGCUACUGGUGCUGGAUGAUCAGAACACGGACUGGUCGAAAUACUUCCGCGGCAAACGUUUGCAUGGCGAUUUCGAUAUACGCGUCGAGCAGGCAGAGUUUCGAGACAUUACCGUGGUCUCCAGCGCCGAUACCGGACCGGUUGUUACAAUGGCCGCCUAUCGCAGCGGCACCCGGGUUGCCCGCUCUUUCCGCCCGGAUUUCGUAUUGAUUCGUCAGCCGCCGCGUGACGGCUCCAGCGAUUACCGAUCAACAAUACUGGGCCUCAAAUACGGCGGAGUGCCCAGCAUCAACUCUUUGCAUUCCAUCUACCAGUUUCAGGACAAGCCAUGGGUAUUCUCGCAUCUGUUACAGCUGCAGCGCCGUCUGGGACGCGACGGCUUUCCGUUGAUCGAGCAAACAUUCUUCCCGAAUCCGCGUGAUUUGUUCCAAUUCACCAAGUUCCCCUGCGUACUGAAGGCUGGACAUUGCCAUGGCGGAGUGGCCACGGCCCGUCUGGAGAAUCAGAGCGCGUUGCAAGAUGCCGCCGGACUUGUUAGCGGCGCUGGAAACGAUUCGCAUUGUUAUUGCACCAUCGAGCCCUACAUCGAUGCCAAGUUCAGCGUGCACAUUCAAAAGAUUGGCAACAACUACAAGGCUUUUAUGCGCAAAUCCAUCACUGGAAAUUGGAAGACCAAUCAAGGCUCAGCCAUGCUCGAGCAAAUCACUUUAACCGAGAAGUACAAAACCUGGGUGGAUGAGAUAUCGGAGCUAUUUGGCGGCAUGGAGGUGUGCGGCGUCUCAGUAGUGGUAGGAAAAGAUGGACGCGAGUACAUUAUUAGUGCCUGUGAUAGCACCUUCGCUCUGAUUGGCGACAGCCAGGAGGAAGAUCGCAGGCAGAUAGCCGAUCUGGUGUCAGGACGCAUGCAGAAUGUCUGCCGUCCCAGUAUGGCACAGACUGCACCUGCUAAGUUGCCAUCACGAUCAUCGGUCUCUUCUCGCGGCGAGAGUCCUACUGAUGACCUAGCACCGACACCGCCGCUGCCCGCCGGGCCCAGGCCAGCCCCGAUGGGCGGACCACCGCCAAUUCCGGAACGCACCUCUCCAGCGGUGGGCUCCAUUGGGCGGCUGAGCAGCCGCAGCAGCAUUUCAGAGCUGCCAGAGGAGCCCUCUUCGUCAGUGCCCAGCACAGUGGGUGGCGUGCGCCGCGAUUCGCAAACAUCACAGGCAUCGAGCAUCUCGUCAGUGUCCAGGGUCGGACAGCGUCCUCCGCAAACUCAGACCUCUGUCGUUGAGGAUGCGGAGGACACCAUGAAGAACCUGAGGAAGACUUUUGCGGGGAUCUUUGGUGACAUGUAGGAAAUCGCUAAUAAGAAACGCGGCAGAACGGCGAGCGAGACAAGUAACAGCAGCGGCCUGGGCAGCGUGCCCAGCAGCGCUGGACCCACCAGCAGCGGAGGCAGUGCCUUCAGCGGCUCUUUUCUGGGAAAGCAGUUCUCGUUCGCCUCGGGCGGCAAAUCUAGCGGCACGGAUGUGAUCUCUACACAGCCCAGCCGACCGCUGGAGGAGCCAGCAGCAGCAACAACAGCGGUCAGCUCAGCCGCUAAGCUCGCUGCCAGCGUUUCGGAUAGCGUCAAUACAACUACGGAUAACCCAACAACAACUGGCGGCUACCAGCCAGUUACCAACUUUGAGCCACAGGAACGCGUUAAUCCAUUCGACAAGGAGCCACACAAGUCAGUUAGCAUCGCUAGCAUCGGCGCUGCCUCGAACACAACCUCAUCUUCGUCAUCGAUAUCCUCGUCUUCGAUUUCGUCACGCAUCAAUCGGAAUGGCAACCCCAUCAAGUCACCGCCACCACCAGCUGGGCCGCCACCACCUCCGCCCAAUGUGAGCUCCAAUGCCAACAUCAACACAAACACAAACAGCUCCAGCGUCAGCGCCAGCGCCUAUCGCAGCAGCUUCAGCAGCUCACUCAGCAAGGACAAGACCAGCUACGGCAACUACGACAGCAUCAGUUCCAUUGAGACGAUAACGCGCAUGGACACUAACACCACAAACACAGCUGCCACGGCCACAGGCGCCGGAGAGGCCAGCGGUAUUACAGCGAUUAGCACCGGUGCCGUCGGCGCCGCUGCCAUUACCAGUUCGGCCUCCAACAAUGAUUGGCGCACGGCUAUUGGCAUAAGAUCGGCCAGUGUUUACAGUGCGCCGGCUGCUGUAACCACAGCGGCUUUGCCUGGUGACACCUCCGGCUACGAUUCUAAUUCGUUGGCAUCGCAGGCCGGCUACAACAAUCCCAGCGAUCUGCCCUCGUACACGCGGCCCUCUUACUCCCGCUCCGAGAGCAAUGCAUCGAAGCAAUCCGACUUGGACAUCAUAUUCGGCAACGGCAAGACAACGACCUCUAGCCCAGGCAAUGGCAAAUACACGCGCUCCGGCGGUUCCAUCUCUGACGCGGACAUGAUCUUUGGUGGUCCACCCUCCAACUAUAAAAGCGAUCGUUUUGGCGCUGCCAAGAGCAUGAGCAUGAGCUCGAGCGGCGUUGGAGCCAGCUCCACCUAUAAGAUCUAUGAGGGCAUACAGAAUGCAGCCUUCAGCGACUAUAGCGAUUCGGGCAGCAUAAGCAGCAUAAGCUCAACAAGCAAACGAUGGAACCCCAAGCCUGAGGAGGAGGAUGAAUUAGAUUUAAAAUAAAUCCACACACGCGCGCACACAUACAUACACACAUACACACUCACACACACAUAUACACACAGAUAAAGCAGCGUUCAGAGUAGAAAUCAUACUACACUUAAACUAUAGGAAAACUGUCUUUUUUCUGCCUCCGAAGUUUCCUGGUUUCAUGAGGGAAUGAACAUAAGCAUAGAAAUACAUAAAAAUAUACUCAACUGCAUCAGCAUUAGCAUCAGCAUCACCUAUACACAUUGAGUUACUAUAGUUUUCACUAUCGAUACAAGUUAUUUGAAUAUGCUACAAUUUAUAUGUACCAUUUCCUGUUAUUCUCUAUAUAUAUUUAUUAAUAUAUAUGCAUAUAUAUAUAUAUAUAUAUAUAUAUCUAUUAAAUAUGUAUGCAGUUACUUCUCAGUUGCAAUAUGAAAAAGGAAAGAAAAAGAAGAAGAAAAAGGUAAACAAAAUAAACUAUGAAAAUACACUAUGUAUAAUUAUAACCACCAAAAUAACAAUAAUAAUGCAAGUAAAGCCCAUAAGAAUGUGAAACUUCGAUGAUGACUUGACUGGUUUUGCAGCAUGAGCUGGAGGAUAUACACUCGAGAAACGUUUUGAAAGCUUUUCAUUUGAAAGUAAGAAAAAUAUUGGGAAGAACUUUAUUGAGAAGAACGUUUGAAUAAAUUGAACAUCCAAUUUAAUAAUUAUUGAGACAUAUUAAAUAUUGCUAAAUAUGCAUAUUUGCAAGCGUAUAUUACAUGUUAACUUGCUAUUGAAUUCAUUCGAAUAAUACAAAAUUACCAAAUUUAAUUGUUAAACGAAGAGAAGAAAAUGAGAAAUUAUGAAUCUUAACAUAAACUACUAAAGAGCACAAUCCACAUUUCGUUGGAUUCGUGUGCUUAGAUAAAAGACAAUAUAAAAAGAAAAAUAAUCUUCAACUAAUAUACUAAAUGUUUAUAAUGCAAACGAUGGUUAUUAAUAUACAUAUAUACAUACGUAUAUAUGUACUUAUUUCAAAAUAAUUAUAUAUGAGCAAAUGUUACAUACCAAAGCAUACACAAAGGCUAUUACACACAAAUUAAAAGUAUAUUAUAUGCCCACAAAUAUUAUUAUACAGUACUUAUAUUAGUAGUUAAUGUUUAUACCCACAUAGAAACAUACUCGUCUAACCGAUAAAGGCAAACUAUUCAACUAACUACCGAAGGGCCUCAUACCAACUGCGAACUAAGCAAUGUUACAUUAAGAUUAAUGAACAAAAUACGAUAGCAGAACAUGAGGACUUUUAAAAGGAUGCUUCGAGGCAAUAGAACACAUUUAUAUGGCUACUUACACAUAUGUAUAUGUGACACCGAAUUGUUUAUGGAUUAAACGCACAGAGGCAGGCAAAUUUUCUAUUAUAUUGACAACUCGUGAAUGUUGAAGGCAACAACGAAAAUAUUAUAAAAUGCAUAUGUAUAUGCGAAGAAGCUUAUUGCAGUAUUAACUGAAGAGUAUGCUUUAGCAGUAAUUGUUUUAUUCAUUUUGUUACGCACACGUUUAAGCAUUAUUUUUAACAAUAGAUAAAUAUUUAGAUUGAUUUUGUUGUUACAUAUCGCGAAAAUAGUUAAACCAACUUUUAGCUUCGGUUUUAUGUCCAAAACUUUUAGAAAUAUGUAUUUUAGUGUUGGUUUUGGCGACCUUUCCCGUUUUAAAUUAUUUUGUUGGCAACCAAUAAAAUAAUUAAAACAUGUAUUUUAAAUAAAAAAAAAUAGCAGUUAAAUUAUUUAGUGAACAGAUAUACAAUUGAAGCGAUAGACAUAUUUUAGCCAAGCCCUUUUUAAACUAAGCUUUACAAUUCAAACCGAUUUCCACUCAUUAAAACUGUCAAAUUUUAGUAGUGUUUUACAAAAGCGAACAGUUCUUGGAAUACAUAUUACGAAUUUAAUAAUAACGUUUACAAAGGGUUCUUGUUAAUUUUAAAAACAUUUACGAAUAACUCUGAGCUUUAUUUGUUCUCAUAGUUAUGCACCAAAGCUAACAUAAAUUUAAUCAUUUUUACAUAUAUGUAUACACAAUUGGCUACAUGUACUUCGCAACAUUCGUAGCCCCCAACAUCAUCAUUUGAAUCAACUUAAAUACCUAAUAUAACAUCAACUGGCACAUAUUAAAUCAUACUCAAUUGUUUUUAGAAACAUGUAUUUACACAAUGACAAAUGUAGACCAGAAGGUAAACAUACACAGACACAGAGUCAUACCUAUACGCAUAAAGGCUUUACCCAUUCACGUAUCGUGCUAACAUACAUAUGUAUAUCACACAAGAUAAUAUCAUGAAGCGCAUAAUGAAUGAAACCAAUGCUGAAAUAUUACAAGAUUACACAAGAAACACAAAAGUAAACGAAAACACAAACAAAAAUAUUAAAUAAAUAAUAAAAAAAGAACAUAUAUUAUAAAAUAUAUGCAUAAUUCUUAUACAUACUACAUAUUGUUGCAAAAUAAUAUACAAACAAAUACUCGUAUUAUUGUGAAAGUAUAGUAAAGAAGUAUCUACAUAUAUACACGCGUACUUAUAUACCUAUUAUAUACUUGUAUGUUGUCUGUAAUUGCAUAUGAAAAUCGAAAUUUUGAAAAUGAAAAUUUAUAUGAAUUGAAUUAUACUUGCUCAUUAAGCAUCUACAAAUACAUUAAUAACAUUUAAAUAACAAUCAAAUUUAUUGGGAAUCUAUAUGUACAAGCAUUAUUCAUAAAUAUUCAUUAUUCAUUCCAUAUAUACUUUCCAACUGUUCCAACGGCAAUACAGCAACUACAGAAACCCAAGUAACAAUAAACGAGUUGAUGAUUGAUUCAAA